GCCAUUAAAUAUUGGUGUUGUUAAUUUUCAUAACAACUUAUGUAUACAACCCCUACCAUCAUCUAUGAUCACACAUAUUCAAAAACAAAUGGAAAAUGAAGAUGAAGACUCAAUCUUCUUUGACGAUGGCAAAAAAAUUGGAAUAAAUAAGUUUGCAAUUGACGUUGAUGAUGAAGUUAUGGAAUUUCUGAACGAGUUUCGAGAUUGUAUGUCAUUAGAUGUAUUGCGUCAAACUCUGCACAAGAAUUCAGUUCACAAUCGCCCAAACCUUAAUUUUGACAUUAGUUAUGCUUACCAGUUUUUUAAUCACAUGUAUAAUCUCUAUUCAAACGACAUGUUAUCUCGAUCUCUUACUGAAUCUGAGUAUAAUUCAUACGUAUGGACGCCACUUAUAUGCUAUGCCUUCUUGGAGAAAGGGAACAUUCGAAUUUCUAG